CUACGCCUCGUCCAACACCAUCGGACUUGAUCCUCAUCUCUCAAUCUGUAACAAACCCUCGUUCUCCUUCUAACUUGUUCUGCCCUGACCUCAGUACACUCUUUUCAACCCACCGCCUCUCGUUGACAUCUACCGCUCUCGAUCUGUGUCUUCCUCCUUUGACUACCGCCUAUACCAUUCACCCUUCCAAACCCCCUAUCGAAACGCUCAAAACCCUUACUGUCCGCUCACUCCCACUCUCUCCGCCUCGCCGUUCGCUUCUCCCCUCCUCGAACAUAUAAACUUGGCUAGACUCAGACGCAAGACUACAGGACCACCAAUAUGGGGUUCGGCGAUUUCGCCUCCAUCUGCGAACAGGCAGCCUUGCCUCAGUGCUACCUGCUAGGCUCGCCGUCCGAUUUCACAUCUGAUAAUAGCCCGGUUCUUCUGCCAGCAUGUAGCGCACGAUCUAUUGAACUUGGAAACACAAUCAUCUUCCAAGCUGCCACGGACUUUGCCCACAUCGCUGCCCUCGCCAUGACAGCCAUCAUGAUCUUCCACGUCCGGUCCAAAUUUACCGCCGUGGGCCGGAGAGAAAUCCUUACGUUUUUCUACAUAUACAGCUUGUUGACCAUCAUCAGCUUGGUCUUGGACGCAGGCGUAAUUCCAGCCACCAGUUCAGGCGCCUUUCCCUGGUUUGUGGCCGCUCAGAAUGGAUUGGCUAGCGCUCUGUGUACGAGUCUUGUGAUCAACGGAUUUGUCGGGUUUCAACUCUACGAGGACGGAACCACGCUCUCAGUCUGGUUACUGCGGUUGACUAGCUUGGUCAUGUUCAUCAUCACUUUCGCCGUCAGCCUGCUCACAUUCAGGAGCUGGGCUGGCUUGUCGCCCACAAACACCAUCGGGCUCUUUAUUGUACUUUAUGUCAUCAACGCCAUCUUUUUGGCCGUGUACUUUGUCAUGCAGGUGGUUCUUGUGGUCAAUACUCUGCAGGAUAGGUGGCCAUUGGGAGAUUUAGGAUUCGGUGCUCUGUUUUUCAUUGUUGGCCAGGUCAUUCUCUAUGUCUUUGCUCGGAAGAUUUGCGAACAGGUCAGCCACUAUCUGGAUGGAUUGUUUUUUGCCACCGUUCUUAAUUUACUGGCCGUCAUGAUGGUGUACAAGUAUUGGGACAGCAUCACCAAGGAAGAUCUCGAAUUCAGCGUCGGCACCAAGCAAGGUCAUUGGGACGUCAAGGAUCCACUGCUAGAUCCAAACGAUGAUUACCGAACUAGCGUCUAUGGAGGCGGCCGGGACAGUCUCUAUGAUAAUGGCAGCUUGGAUUACGUGCCUCCUGUGCCCAAUCACCCGGCAACCACACGGGACUAUUAUCCCAACAUGACUACGACUCAGAUGGAGCCUAAACCCGGUGGACCUUUGAAUUACGGCGAUAUUAGGCAACAGAUUGGCUCGUAUGAGGAAUUUGACCCUCAACCUCAACCUCAACCUCCAAAUUACGAUCGGAACCGGCAACGGGAGUAUUCUUUUUAGCGAAAACGCAAUGCAACAUGGAUUGGGACUCACGCAGCGGGAUGGCAUAUAGUUUAUAGCUUUAGAUAGAUGACGAAUCAUGACAAAUUUGUCACCGAA